GGGCGAGGUAAAGCUAAGGUAUUUCAAAGGAGCCUAGGAGGUGGAUCAGGUAAUCUAUCAAAUUUCAUCUAUAAUGAAGUGCAAAGAAAUUGUGCUAUUGGUAUGGUGGGGCAAGAUCAGGCUAGGAAAAUACGAAAGAACAAUGGAGGUGGAUUACAAAAUACAUCAAACUCUGUCUUCAAUGAUGCCCAAGAAAUAUCAGGAGAUUAUUCAAGUAUGGCGGGGAGAGGUUCAGGGAAGAUAACACAAAAGAAUACUCAGGGUGGACUGAACAAGACUUCAAAAUUUGUCCAUAACAAAGCUCAAAGCAUGCGGGAAGCGAAAACUAAUAAGAUGGCUCAAAAUACAUCAAACUCUGUCUUCAAUGAUGCCCAAGAAAUAUCAGGAGAUUAUUCAAGUAUGGCGGGGAGAGGUUCAGGGAAGAUAACACAAAAGAAUAUUCAAGGUGGACUGAACAAGACUUCAAAAUUUGUCCAUAACAAAGCUCAAAGCAUGCGGGAAGCGAAAACUAAUAAGGCAGGGAGAGAUCAUGUUAGGAAAAUUCAGAAAAAUAUUAGAGUUAAAACAACGAGUACAUCAGGAUUUUUAAAUGAAGAUACACAGAUGGCUGAUACAGGCUCAAAUAGCAAUAAUCAUGAUUAUGAAGAGAAUGAAAAUGACAAUGACAUGAAAUCAUCACAUACUUCAGGGGAGGACAAAUUGAAGUAUGCAAGCAGGUUUUCUAGUAGAGUUCAAGCUAUUCUAAGUUCUCAAGAAGUAGCAGAUCCAACUCCAGGGAAGGAAAUCGUGUAGAUGGAAAUCUACCUCAAAAUGUGAGAACCAAGUAUUUUCAUGAAAAUAGGCAAAACAAAGGUGAAACGCAAAUGAAUAAUUCAAAUAGUAGUCAAGCUGUAGGAGAGAAUGCAAGGAUGAUAGUAAACUUUUGUGGUUAUGUGUUGAGGACCACGGCUCC